AUGUAUUCUUUUUUGCAAAAUAAUAGUAUAAAAUUAGUAAUUAGUUCUUUACUUUUCAUUGUUGGAUCGAUUUUUAUUCAAAAUUGGUACUUUAAAAAUAAUAAUUUAGUUUCUAAUGAUUCGGCUGUACAACUUCCUUUAACUGAAGAGGAUUUAUCACAUUAUAAUGGAGUUGGUAAUGAUAAGUUGUAUCUUGGUAUACUUGGAUCAGUUUUCGACGUCUCAAGUGGAAAAAGACAUUACAAGAAAGGAAGUUCUUACCACUAUUUUGUAGGUAAAGAUGGCACUAGAGCUCUUGUAACUGGAAACUUUAAAGAUGAAACUGAUGAAAAAGAUCAUGUGUUAGAUUUGAAGUGUGAUGAUAUAUUUGCUAUUAUUAAUUGGAGAAAGACUUUUCGUGAAAAAUAUGUGUAUGUAGGUAUGGUUAAAGGAAGGUACUAUGCAUCAGAUGGUACAGAAACAGAAUACAUGAAGAAAUUUAAAAUUAAAUUAAAAGAAUGUAGAGAAGAAAAGGAAAAUCUAAAAAAACAGGAUCAGUUAUAUCCUCCAUGUAAUGUCGCUUGGAGUGAAGCAGAGGGUACUAGAGUGUGGUGCUCAAAGUCUAGUGGUGGCAUACAAAGAAGUUGGAUUGGAGUUCCACGUCAAUUAUACACUCCUGGUGAUAAGAAGCCUAAAUGUGUCUGCAUUAAAGAAGACACAAAUAUGUUAAAACCUUAUCAUGGUUGUUCAAGUACCUCUACUGAAUGUUAUAUUAAUGUAGAUUAA